AUGCGCGAUCAGUUUCGCCGCUCUCCUGUCACCCGACCCGCCAUGCCUACUCCGUCCGCGAAUUCUGAGAAACAAAACAAUGGCAUUCAUGCCAAACCCUUCACGCCUAGUCUGAGUGCCGCCUUUAGGACCACCGCAAAAUCCUCCCUGCCAUUGACCCCUCGUCUUGCGCACGUCGGCGGUUACCAGACUCCAAAGAAGUCAAAUGCCUCCGACACCGCCUCCCCUCUACCGCUCCCCCGGGAGGAUGCCACGACUCCGGACUCAACGUAUCUCGGCACCAAUAUAACACCCCGUUCUGGCCCUCGAGUCAGUCGUCGAGAUGGCAAUGCCCCAUCUCCAGAAACAACGCCCGCAGCAAUGUACUCUGGGUCACAGAUUUCCCGUCCUACACUCCCAGUUAGUACCGGCUAUGCUCGCCCUGAAAGGAGCCCCGUUCGCGGUAACCCGAGAUCAGAAGCAGCCAAGUCAACAACCUCUAAAGGAACUGCCGCUGACGGCUUGGGACUCAGGGCAUCAUCCCGCCCUCAGUCAUCUUCUGAAAGUUUGGGACUCAGCUCCUCGAAGUUCUUCCACGCCGACGACGCUCAUUCCUCUGUCGGGUCUUACGAAGCAGAGCCACGACCCCGUACACAUUCGAAACCAGCACAAACAUCCACAUUCCUCUAUGCUGACGGCUCUCACGAUAGGGAUAGUCGCUCUGAUGACGCGAACAAGAUUGCCCCAUCAAAGCGGCGCUCUACAGGGUCUUCUCGGCAUCCCGUAGGCGCUAAAAGCCCGCCGGUGCUCUCACCAAGAUUACGGGCUGCGCAGCUUGUAGAUUACAAUUCUCGAUCUUCUUCGGAAGGGGGUCUUCAGCCGAGCCCUCAUAUUGAAGAGACCUUUACGCAUAAUACAUCGGUAUCCCAUGAUAAUUCCUCGCCCGGGCCAACCCCGUCCCCUAAGCUUCCAUCACUUCCAAGCCACAGAAAGUCAUGCAGUGUUGACUCUACGACAAAUAUACCUUCGCCUCAUGUGACAUCUCGCCGUGUCACUCCGAUUUCUUCCUCUCCUUUUCUACCCGAAGCAUUGAGCAGUCCCCCUAACUCACUACCUCAUAGCCCUCACAUUCCGCCAAACCCCCUCAUCCAACUGACUGACCACCGGGAUGCACCAUUGACUGUACCUCAAAGUCCAAUUAAGCUAGAGGGGCCAAAUGCAUUUGGGGAUGGGGCUGUCAAUGCUCGUACAGAACGGAAGGUCUUAGACCUUGAAAUUAGCAAUUCCUCUCUAUUGGCCAUUAAUCGCACGCUUGAACGUGAACUACGAAAACAAAAUGCAGAGUUACGCAGAUUUCGACGUCUUAGCCGUUCCGGUCGUUUAUCGAUCACAACCUCUGUCCGGUCUACAUCUGGGGCUGGACUGUCCGUAGUCAGCGAGAAUGAAGAUGUUAGUGAGCUUUCUUCCAUAUAUUCAAACGACGAAUUAUCCGAAGAAAGUGACCAGGACUCGUUCGCGGACGAUGGUACGAUCAGUCCAAACAGUCUCGCGGAAAAUGACCCCCGCCACCGCGUUGAUGACGAAAAGCGAUUCAUGCUCGAUCUCGCCAAGCACCAAGAAUUGCUCAUUGACAGCCAAAAGCUCAAUCAAAGUCUAAAGAGAUGCAUUGGGUGGACCGAAGAACUGAUUAAAGAGGGCAAAAAGGCUCUUGAAUACAAUGUCCACGUCAAUGAUAUAGAAAUCGGCGGACGUGUCCUAGCCCCCGAUGAGCUGGAAGAAGAGCUGGGCAGGGGCCGCGGUCUGUUGAGUCCUGCAGCUGAAGUCAAAGAAGAUUUCAAUUUCGACCUUACAUCAGAAGCUGUUGACAUGGAUUUAUAA